CCCAUUAACCACGGAACCCUGUGCCUCGACGGACUGUCCAAUUGGCUCCCACAGACUCACCGGCUCGCUCGCCUGCUGCCAGAAGGCCCGCCGUUUUCUGCCCUCGCUCUUUGCACGUUGCUCCGGCUGCGCCGCUUCCGUCCCUGCCACUACCAUCUGUCCACAUAAGCGGACACGAAAUCACGCCGGCCUCACCCUUUCCAGGCCGUCCACCGAACCCCGGCCCCGGCUGUCGAGACCCCGCUCUCCGCCACCGCUUUUGUCUUCCUGCUGGCGGCUUGUUCCGGCCCUGUCUCUGCCGUCCGGACCCAGGCGCACCACCAGCCUUUAGCACCCCAGCCGUGUCUUCCAGCACCGGCGUCCCAAGACCCCUUUGCCCAAAAUACAUCCCGCCAUGGACUUGCGCAACUUGUCGUCGACGCCCUCCCACCUAGACGCGAUGAUCCAGCGCAGACCGUCGCUCUCGUCGUUGUCGUCGGCCUCCGGGUACGAAUCGUCCUCGUACAACCCCUCUUCUGCCCCCGGGCCUGCCGCCGCCGCCGCGCUGCAGAUGCCGCUCGGACGUGCGGCGGCCGGGCUGGCCCGCAUGUACCCCGGCUUGCUGGAACCCGGGGCCAUGUUGGGCGAAAACGCCCACGUGCUUGCAACCGACGUGGGCCCCUGGGUCGAGCAGCAAAAGCAGCAGCAGCUGUUGAACGUGGGCUCCUUGGACGCGGGCAAGAAAGACGCGCUGCCCAAGCGGGGCGACAAGAUGCCCGGCGCCCGCGGGCUUGCCGCCAAUGCCGCGGGCUCGCCGGCCAACGAGUCCACGCUUGCCAUGGACAAUGAAAACGACAACGACCACGACGACAACGACGGGGCCGACCGCGGCGACGACUUGAUCCCCACCGCCAUCGUGAUCAAGAACAUCCCUUUCGCCAUCAAGAAAGAGCAGUUGUUGGACGUCAUGACCAAACUCAGCUUGCCGUUGCCCUAUGCCUUCAACUACCACUUCGACAACGGCGUGUUUCGCGGCUUGGCGUUCGCCAACUUCGCGUCCACGGACGAGACUUCGCUGGUGGUCUCCCAGCUCAACGGGCGCGAGAUCGGCGGCCGCAAGUUGCGCGUCGAGUACAAGAAGAUGUUGCCCUUGCAGGAACGAGAGAGAAUCGAGAGGGAAAAGCGCGAGAAGCGUGGCCAGUUGGAGGAGCAGCACCGGUCAGGCUCGAACGCGUCUUUGGUGCUGCUCGCCUCUGUCGCCUCCACCACGGCUGCCACGAAGAAUUUGAGUGUCAACGGCCAGGCCUAUCUGUCCCAGACAGAACGGUUCUUUGCCCAGUACCCGUCGGCCAGCAACGGCCUUCCGGCCCCGCCCGCCGAGUUGGACUUCGCGGACCCCGCGAUCCUCGAACUAUACUCGCAGUUGCUCACGUACCGCGACGACACAUCGAAACUCAUUUUCGAGAUGGCCUACCCUUCCACCUUGAAUAUGGGCCAACGCAAAGCCCUAUCCUUGUUGUGCUCGUUCUUGAACUUGUUGGAGCUCUUCGACAAUGGCUUCAUCAUCAUCCGAAGAAAGCCGGGCCAGCAGAGUAUCCAGCAACGCCAACAACAACUUGCCACCUACAACACCCACCUUCAACCUCAGCAGCCCUCGGGGGCUUCCACCGCCGCCCCACCACAGACUGUCCCUGCGCCAUUGUCGUCCUCCAUGCAGAGUCUAGGAGUACAGGGCCAAGGCUCCAUCAACGGGCUCUCUCUGCAUUCUUCAUCCAUGAUGAAUUUGAGCCAGAUGCCCGGACUCCUCUACACAAACAACUUGGUGGGCACCAGUAUCAACCUGCCAGAGUUGUUGAGAUCGCAUUCGCAAUCUGCCUUGCCUUUGGCCAGGUCCAGACAGCAAGCCUCGACACCGGUGCUGAGUCAGCACCCACAAAACCAGGGCCAGAACCUGUUUUCGCAGUACCAGCAUGCUGGCUUGCAGCCGCAAAAAAGCUCCUCGCAAAAUAAGUACCUGAACUAUGGUGCAUUUGGAGCGACCUCAGCGGCUCCUUCCUCGCAAAAGCAGGGUCAUUUGGGUACGCCCACGUCGUCCAGUGCUGCCGCAUUGCUAAGAACAUCAAACAACCGCUCAUUUGUGGACGUCAGAUCGACUCCUCCCAUGGGACAAUCAUUCCAGGGUAGCUCCGCCGCAGGCUCGCCAACUCCCCUGCAUCACACUGGCCUCUACCAGCAGUCUGGCACUUAUUUUAUGGGAGGCCAAAAUGCGCACUUGAGCCAGCCCAGUACUCCACACCAGGCCGCUGACUUGUCUAACAGAUUUGCUCCUUUUGGGCAGCAUGCCCAUCUUUCUGCUAGCAUCCAGUCUUUGCAAGGCAAUACACCCACGACUGAAGAGUUCCCAAUGAACGAUUCUAUGAACUCUAAAUUCAACAACUUGAACUUGAACAGCGGGUACGAUCAGCAAAAAGGCAAUGGCAUUUGGGGCCCCAGAAAGUGAGUGAAGCAGCAAAACAAAAAGAGAGAAACAGUCGUCGUGAGACGACUGCUUAUGAAGUUACGAUUCUGAGUGUUGAGGAUGAGGAGAGAUUUAAUGAUCAAUUUACGAGACGGAAAGAAGAAAAAGAACCAUGAAGUGGACAAUCGAGUACAAAUCGAAGUAUGUAGAUUUAUAAAUUAAUGAUGAAUUUUGAACAAGGCGA